AUGAUCACUUUCGCCUGGCAUCACGGGGCGCAGGCCUCGCCCGCCGUUAUGGACAUUACUAUCGACGAGAACGCAAGCGCCUCGGGCUCCCAGGCUUCGGAGCAGUCUGUGCUGCUGGAAAGCCUCGAAGAUGCACUCUCUGCAGACGUGUUUGAUGCGCGGCCGCUCGCCGCGUGCACGCCCGACGGCCUGGACGACCUGCUUGCUGCGGAGCGAGAGGCCGAGGAGCGCGCUGCCGCCCCGGCGGCGGCUGCCGCCGGCCGCGCCGCCCCCGUCCUGUCUGGCGCAGAGCGUGCCAACCUGGUCAACUGGAUGACGUCAGCGGCCUCGCAGCUCGGCCUGGGUGCAGACGCGCUGUUCACAGCGGUGGGGUGCCUGGAUGAUCUGAGGCUCCGCCCGGGGGCGCCCCGUGCUCUCAUGCGGGGCGCAGCAUGCCUGUGGCUGGCCGCCAAGUGGACACACGGCGCGCGCGCCCCGCCCGCGAGCGCCGUCGUGGCGACGCUGCCGGCGUGCGCCUGCGGCGGCUGCGAGGGCUGCGGCGCCGGCGCCGGUGCGUCGGCCGCGGCCGCGGCGAGGCGCCAGCUGCUGCGCGCGGAGGGCGACGUGCUGCGCGCGCUCGAUUACGGCGCCGCCGCGUUCCGCCGUCCCACGGCGGAGACCUUCCUGCGCGCCGCGCUCCUGCGCCUGCAGCACCAGGCGGGCGGCCGCCGGGAAAGGGGCGCCGCCGCCUCCUCCCAGCAGGAGAAGCAGCAGCAGCAGCAGCAGCAGCAGCAGCAGCAGGGCGUGGCGUCCCUGUGCUCUCUCCUGGCCGAACAGUCGCUGCUCGAGUGCCAGCUGCGCGGCUUCCGCCCCAGCGCCGUCGCCGCCGCGUGCGUCGCCUACGGCCACGCGCUCGCGGGCCGCCCCCUGACAGCGCUGCAGCUCGCCGCCGCGACCGGCUGCGGCGGCGCGGCCGCGCUCGGCGCAGUGUCGCGCGCCGCAGACGUGCUGCGCGCGGUGCACGCGGCCGUGGCCGCGGCGGCGGCGGGCGGCAACCCCUAUGCCUGCUCGCUCCGCUGGCUGCGCCUGGACGCGGCGGCGCUGACGGUGCCGCCCAUCGCCGGCGCCGGCGACGCGCGCGUUGCGCUGCUGGCGGCCGGCCGCAAGGGCGGCUUGGCGGGCGACGACUGGGCGUGGUUCCUGCCAGAGUGCGCCGCUGCCUGA